GAAACGACAGUGAUGUGAUGUGUACGAGUCACGGUCUAGUGAUCAUCAGGUAAGUCUACUGAUUGUCGGCUGCUGUGCAGAUUGCAGAUCCCGAAGUGUGCAACAGAGAAGACGCCAGGUGUCGGGUUGACAGGUGAAAUUCGGGGAAAAUGGACGAACCACGGAAAGGGACGUCGUGUUACGGCGUGUCGGCUCGAGUCAUUGACCAUGAUGUCGUCGUUGACAUGGUCGCAGCGCCGUUUCGGCCGAGCGCGUGUUCGCAGAUCCUGGCUGCGUGGAGGUUUCUUGUCUGCGUGAUUACGCCCAUUGCAUUAAUCUUUUUGUUCUACAUUGGUGAGGACCCGGCAUAUCGCUGCGCAUAUCUCAUUUUGUUAAUGGCCAUAUUUUGGAUCACCGAAGCGAUUCCCAUCGCUGUGACGUCAUUACUACCAGUUUUUCUGUGUCCAAUGAUGGGUAUUCUGACAGCUAGAGACACGUCAUCUACCUAUAUGAAUGACACUUCCAUGCUGUUUAUCGGAGGACUGAUGAUAGCCAUUGCCAUAGAAAGGUGGAAUCUACACAAACGAUUGGCUUUAGGCGUCCUUUUAUUGUUUGGUUCCGAACCCAGAUGGGUGAUGGCUGGUUUGAUGUUGGUCACGUGGUUCCUGUCGAUGUGGAUCUGCAACACUUCCACGACGGCCAUGAUGGUCCCGAUCGCACAAGCCAUACUGCAACAGGUGAAGGAAGGCGUCGACGCUGGUGACGAUCAAGCCGUACAUGGAAUGGAGAAAGAGGGAUACACGGCAGAGAUGGAAGAAGUAUCCAAGACAAAAACAUCCAACAGUGGUGUCCAUCAUGACCAUGUGAACAAACCUCGGACCAGUGUGCCCGAUGAAGACCAGAGAGAGGAGGACGCCAAACACCUCAGAGUAUGUAAAGCGAUGUUGUUGUGUAUAUCGUACGCCGCCAACACCGGCGGCAUGGGAUCUUUGACUGGGAGCGCUCCUAACUUAAUCCUCAAGGGACAGUCCGAUAUGUUGUUUGAACAGUAUAACGCGACCAACCCGAUCACGUUCGCCACGUGGCUGAUCUACGGACUUCCGCUCUCGUUCAUCAUUCUCAUCGUGCUGUGGGUCUGGUUACAGAUAUUCUUCCUCAGAAGCUCAUGCUUCUCGUGUUUCGCUAAGAAGGGGAAUGAGACAACUGCUAAACAUGUGAGAAAAGUCAUGCUCCGCCAAUACAAAGCUUUAGGACCAAUGUCAUUUGUGCAAUACGUCAUCACGAUGUUGUUCGUGAGUCUCGUUACCCUUUGGAUCACGCGAGACCUGGGAGGAAGUGGUGGAUGGGGCCUCCUUUUCAAAGCAAAAUAUGUCAGCGCCUCGACGCCUUCGAUCUUUAUUGGUUUAUUGCUGUUCAUUAUUCCAUCGUCACUGCCAAAUAUCUUUUGCUUCAGAAAACCAGAUGAUACGACGAAGAGUCGGUUUAUUCCUAUUCUGAACUGGAAGAACGUUCACGAGAAGAUGCCGUGGUCGUUGUAUCUGCUGCUGGGAGGAGGCUUAGCGCUCGCUAAGGCUGCCAGAAAAACAGGGCUGUCUGCCCAGGUGGGCACGUUUUUGCUGGUGUUCAAGGACCUCAACCCGUGGCUGAUGCUGCUCAUUAUCUGCUACAUGAUCUCGUUCUUCACUGAGGUGACCAGCAACGGCGCCAUUGCCACCAUCAUGAUGCCCAUCCUCGCUGAGCUGGUCUGUACACAGGCAUGUUUAUUAAUGAAUGACCCUUACACCGACCUCUGCUUACAAGGAACAUGGUUUAAGGACUGCAACGGUGUAAUUCCAGAUCUCAUUAGAAUGUCAGAACACGGACACGAGUUCAUUGUACACGGGGUGCUGGCUCGGACUGGGGCUCAAUCUGAUACACUGUUCGUUUACUGUGGGUCGUCAAGACCAGAUGAGCGACUGGUCGACAUGGGUGUCCUAGGUGAUCUGUGGACGGUGAAGAAUCUGAUCAUCAUUUUGCUGACUCCAAUCUUGGCACUUCCACUGCCUUUAACAGGACUGACCACGCACUGA